AUGCGGCAUGGUGGUCGCCGCGCGUGCCCUGUGCUCGUGCCUCGGGGCGGCGGUGCCUCGCACCGCGGCGCUCUCGGGGGCGGAGGCGCGAGCGCGGAGGCGCCCGCCGCAGGACGCACGCGGCCCACCGCCUGCGCGCCGAGGGUGGUGGACGGCUACGUCCUCAUGCACGCACCUGCCUCACAGCCACCUCCAGGUGGUCGCGCAGCUGAUAUGGAUGAUAUUCUAAUUGUCACCAGCAGACACAGUCAAGCUGCCACAUUAUGGAUCAAUUAUCUUACCAAAUGCUUCAAUUCCAUCUGCCAGUCACGUCAAAAGCCACCUUACAAAAUUCUCAACUUGGGUGUCGAAGAUAUAGUUGGCACAGGAAACAUGUCAGUUGCAAUGGAAGAGAAAAUGGUUAGGGUUAAAUUACAGAUCGUGAUUUUGUGUCCACAAUUUUUGGAGCAUAUCUACGAUAAUCCUGCCCCUGCGAGUAUUUUGACCCGGCUUCUACAACCAGACAGGGUUUUGGCCAUGCUACUAGGGGUUGAGGAAAGUAAUAUCACAGAACAACAUCAAGCAGUGCUUCCAUCAUAUCAACAAUGGCAACGAAUGCAAGUAAAAGAUCAGGAUGAAUCCUUUGUUGGUGACUUCCUUGGUGCUGGAUUAACAAUUCUAGCCAGAGUAAGCCGUCAGCAACUUGCCAAGGAAAAAGCUUUGUUUUCAAUUGUUCCCAAAAAAGUUAAUGAGGGGCAAAACAAAGUAAUUUUGCUGCUAAAUGAACCUAUGACAAAAGACGAUGUUGUGAAAAUAAAAGUCAACAAAAAUGGAGAGUUUAUCGAUGUCAUUGGUGCUAAGAGAAGAAACCCAUACACUCUCUAUUUUCAAAUUCCAGAAUGUUGUCUGGAAGUUUCCAUGCUUGUUAGUAUUCAUGUGGAAAAAAAUGGACAAGAUCUUGGAAGUAGAUUAAUUAAAUGCGAGAGUAGAAUGAGAGAAUUGGAUCAACUUCUUCGCACUUCCAACAAUCCACUUGAUUUUAUGUGCCAGACAUUAGGGUUUAGUCCUGGAGAUCGAGAACACUUGGAUAAUUUUUUGGUAACCUCAUUUCAACGGAACCUUCCACCACAUUUUAAUCUUCUUCAGACUCCAGGAGAUUGUCAUCAGCAUAGAACACAUGCAAGUCCUGAAGAGUAUCCUACAUUACUUCACUUUGCUGCACGUUUUGGGUUAGAAAAGUUUGCAUGGCAACUAUUGGAGUGUCCGGGAGGAACUCUGGCUUGUGAGAUUCGUAAUGUGUGUGACUUAACACCAGCUGAAAUGGCUGAGGCAGCUAACCAUCCAAAGCUGGCCCACAUUCUCAGGGGAUACAUGCAAAUGACUGAAUUCACAAUUAUGUACGACAUGUUGGGCAAAAUGAGUGAAGGAAAUCCAAAAAAUGAUAGUUCAAAUUAUCGUAUUCCUAGAAGACUCAGUGACACAUACCAAAUUCCUCAAUCUACCCGCACGUUAGUAGAUAUCUAUGACCAAGUGCCUUCAGUGGUAAGGCCAAUCACACCUCCUCCAGCUUCUCCAAAACCUCCUACUAAUGAAUCAGAAGGAUACAUGGAGAUGCUGCCUAGAAAUCCAGGCAGUAGUAACAAUAGUACAAAGAAUUUUGGUUCUCAGAAUCUUGCACCUGUGAUGUUUGAGCUCUCAGAAACUUUAUCUGUCAAGUCAUCUCCCAGUGAAGCCACCCAGAAGAUCUCCAGUCAGUGUAAUUUGGACCAGAUUAGCUUGGAAUCAGCUCAUGAUGAAAAACUAUUGCAGACUGGAGUCAAUAUUAAAAAGUCCACUGAACAUGUUAGUCAAGGAGUACAGGAUGAAUUACUUGAAAUCAUCAAUGAUUUCAAGAACAAUGUUCACACUUUGUCUGAAGUGGAGAGACUUGUUGAGAAUUGGAAAAACAGAAAUGAUGUGCAGCGAUCAUUCAAGGAAAAGCAGGAGCAAUUGAAUCAGAUGAGAGAACAAUAUCAAGUAUUGCAGCAACAAAUGAAAUCUCAAAUGAAAAGGCCAACACCUUUUGAUCGAAUCAGGAAGAUAUUUCGUGGCAAGCCAAAAGCAGAACAAAAAGACAGCUCCUCUGAAAAUUCCUGUACUAAUACCCCAGAAGGAAAUAACAAGCAAGUGCAUCCGGAAUGUGGAACAGGAUGCACAAGACCCAUGAGCAGCCUAAGCAUUCACAGUAUUUCAAGUUCCUCAUCUGGACGUAUGAGCACAUUAAGUGGCUGUAGUGGAACUAGUAUGGGAGACAGUGGGACUCAUUCUGAUACAGAUGACAGAAAGGCUCCUUUCUGUCCUGUGGAAUUAACUAAGACUGUUGGAGCAAUGCCCAAUUAUGCAAUUCCUCCUGCACCAAGAGUUGUAAUGAGUUUUAGUAGCCCUAUGGAAUCUUGCAUAACUAAAAUUGAGAAUCGGCCUCCAGAACCUGUCCCACGUCCAGAAAGUGACCCGUAUAUUUCUCCAGAGGAGACUCCUUCGUAUAUGAACACUGGAGAACAAUCUACUCGGAAACAAUCUAUAUGGAGUGAAACUGAAGAGAGGAUUUCUGUAAUGAUUUCAGCAAACUCAACUAAUACUGAAGUGGUUAAUCAAGAUCAAAACAAAAGAAUCAGUGAACCAGAGUAUUUAGAAGCAUUACCUAUCAAUAAUAAUGAAUAUGUUAACAUAUCAUACUCCACUGAGACAACUUCCAAAACAGAGCAGAGCCAGUCAGAACAGAAUGAUGCUACUGAUUCAAUGCCAGAAUACAUGAAUGUCACUGUGGGUAAUAUCUCUGCUCCCCCAGUGCCACCAAGAGGUAUGUUUUAGAUGUUUGUAUUUCUUCCUGGAGUAUCCAAGAAAUUUAACUUACACAAAAUUUAUACUGAUUUUUUUAUUCUUUAUCAUAGAAUAAGCUGAUGGUUCUAGAAUUUGAAAAUAAAAACAAUGUCCUCGACUGGUGUUCAGAAACUAUUGUUUAAAUGGAAAGAAGAAAUUAUGAACAGUCAAAAUUUCAAAAAUCUUUCAAUUUCUCAUUUUCUUGGUGACGUCAUAUGAAAUCCUAUAGCUUCUUCCUGUGGUCCAAUUAGUAUAGUGACGUUGGGACUUUCAAAGGCUUUGUUCAGUUAUUUGUGACAAAUUAUGAAAUGUUUUUCACAGACAAUAUUACCAAAGGAACUGCAAAAACAUCAGUAUAUAUCUAUCUUGGAUAUUCUUUUUUAAAGGAAAACAAGUAAAAUUAGUGUUUUUUUGGCGUGUGUGUGUGUUAAUCUUCAAAAGUAUAAUUCAGUGAUGUGUUAUUUUCAAGUCCCAACAAAACUGAAGAAUUAAUCUUUGAAGAAGUGGUUCAUAUUUCAUAAAGACUGAUUUAUCCUUCCAUAUUCAUAUUUCAUACAAGUUUGAGUGAAAAAAAAAGAAGAGAAAGACUCUUUAUUUAUAUUGUAUUUGUCGUGUGUGUUUGCAUGCCACUGAAUGUUCUUAGUGUCAGAUUAACGUGCGAGUUAUUUUGAACAACAAGUUUUGUUUUCACUGCUGACAAACUACAAAAGAACAAUUUUGUACCAUUUUUGAUUUCCUUCAGCAGCAUUUAUGUAAUAUAUUGUACAUAUUUUUUUAAAACUUUUUUCAAAACAAAGUAAUUUAAUUAUAUUUUAUAUCCAAACAGUUAUUUUUGUAUACAAGAAAAUAUGUUAUUCACAUCUAAGAGAUUAUGAAAAUCAAAUUGUGUAUCAUUCAGGUAGGGCUUUAUACAGCAUAAAAUUAUAUAGUUUUCAGAAUUUAGAAAGCCAAAAAUUUGUAAUUAUGUUGUACUGAAAAUAUAUUGUUUCAGAAGAAGAUGGUAGUAAACAAAUUGAUGUGUCAAUGUAUAAAAAAAAUCACUUAAUGUGUUUAUCAAAAUGUACUCUCAUACUUGU